UUUUGUGCCUUCGUUGUAGCAAUUUGAAGUUUGUUACAUUGAUUCCCCAACUCAGAGAUGGUUAUCCUACCGCCAGCUAAGCCACCGAGAAUAAUAAACUUUCUCAAGCCUUAUGUUCUGAAGAUGCACUUCACUAACAAGUUUGUAAGUGCCCAAGUCAUCCAUUCCCCAACUGCUACUGUGGCGUCUUCGGCAAGCUCGCAGGAGAAGGCUUUGAGACCAAGCAUGGACUCGACUCGAGACGUGGCUGCAGCUGCGAAGAUAGGAAAGAUACUGGGAGAGAGGCUGCUGCUCAAGGGCAUCCCUGCUGUCGCCGUCCACUUGAAAAGAGAACAAAAGUAUCAUGGCAAAGUCAAGGCGGUUAUCGAUUCUGUGAGAGAAGCAGGUGUGAAGUUGCUUUGAAAACUCCUGAACUUAUUGGUUGUAUUUGUUUUAAGACUUGUGACCUCUGUUCGAAGUGAUCUUCACUUGAGAAAGAUGGCAUUUAAAGAGAGUGCAUGAGAUUUUUAUGUUGGGGGCUGCUUAUAUUGAUUUCUUCUUAGUAAGGAUAUAAGCACAUUGAAUGUUUGUGCA